CCCCGGCACCACCAUGCUCUGCGGCUGUCCCGGCGUCCUCAGGACCUCCGCAGCGCCCGCCGCGGCCCUGGCUGCGGCGCUGCUCUCCUCGCUCGCGCGCUGCUCUCUCCUGGAGCCGCGCGACGCGGUGGUCUCGGCGCUCAGUCCCUACUUCGGCACCAAGACCCGCUACGAAGAUGUCAACCCGGCGCUGCGGUCGGACCCCGAGGCGCCGCGGCGGGACCCGAAGUUGCUGGAAGGUUCCUGCACCCCGGUGCAGCUGGUCGCCCUCAUCCGCCACGGCACCCGCUACCCCACGGCCAAACAGAUCCGCAAGCUGAGGCAGCUGCACGGGCUGCUGCAGGCCCGCAGGUCCGGCGGUGGGGAGGGGGAGGCCGGCGGCCUGGGCGCCGCCCUGGCCGCCUGGCCGCUGGGGUACGCGGACUGGAUGGACGGGCAGCUGGUGGAGAAGGGACGGCUGGACAUGCGGCGCCUGGCGCUCCGCCUGGCCGCGCUCUUCCCGGCCCUCUUCAGCCGGGAGAACUACGGCCGCCUGCGGCUGGUCACCAGCUCCAAGCACCGCUGCGUGGACAGCGGCGCCGCCUUCCUGCAGGGGCUGUGGCAGCACUACCACCCGGGCUUGCCGCCCCCCGACGUCGCAGAUAUGGAGUGUGGACCUCCAAGAAUCAAUGACAAACUAAUGAGGUUCUUUGAUCAUUGUGAGAAGUUUUUAACUGAAGUGGAAAGGAAUGAGACAGCUCUUUAUCAUGUAGAAGCCUUCAAGACUGGACCAGAAAUGCAGACUAUUUUAAAAAAAGUUUCAGAUACUUUACAAGUACCAGUAAAUGAUUUAAAUGCAGAUUUAAUUCAGGUGGCUUUUUUCACCUGUUCAUUUGACCUGGCAAUUAAAGGCAUUAAAUCUCCUUGGUGUGAUGUUUUUGAUGUAGAUGAUGCAAAGGUAUUAGAAUAUUUAAAUGAUCUGAAGCAAUACUGGAAAAGAGGUUAUGGAUAUACCAUUAAUAGUCGAUCCAGCUGCAUCCUAUUUCAGGAUAUCUUUCAGCACUUGGACAAAGCCGUUGAACAGAAGCAAAGGUCUCAGCCAGUUUCUUCUCCAGUCAUCCUCCAGUUUGGCCAUGCAGAGACCCUACUUCCACUGCUUUCUCUCAUGGGCUACUUCAAAGACAAGGAACCCCUAACAGCUUAUAAUUAUGAGGAACAAGUCCAGCGGAAGUUUCGAAGUGGCCACAUUGUACCUUAUGCCUCCAAUCUAAUAUUUGUGCUUUACCAUUGUGAGGAUGCUAAGACUCCUAAAGAAGAGUUCCAAGUACAGAUGUUGUUGAAUGAAAAGGUGUUACCCUUGGCUCACUCACAGGAGACUGUCUCUUUGUAUGAGGAUCUAAAGAACCACUACAAGGACAUUCUGCAGAGUUGUCAAACCAGUGAAGAAUGUGCAUUACCAAAGAUGAACAGCACUUUUGAUGAGCUAUGAGUGACAGCAGACCUUUAUUAGUUAGCAGUGUUUUCCUGGGUGUGAUUACAUGCUUGAAAUAGGUAGGUAGUCCCUUGACUUUUCAUAGAGAAAUUUUGUUUCUUUUUGGGUCUGGACAUAGUAGAUAAAUGAUUCUUCACUGGAGCAGCUCUCUUAAGGAAAAAAAUAAUGAAGUCAGACAAAUGGCACUGAACUUGUUUACAGCAAUGAACUAUGCUCCAACUUAUAGGAGACCUCACACUGGAGUAGAAUGAUUUGAAAGCGACACUUGAAAAGUGCUGGAUUACCAAAAUAUAAUGUCAUUUGAGGGAUCAGUACUUGAGUUGUACUACAGGUUGUUUUUUGUUUUUUUUUUUUUUUGCUUAGGUGGGACAGUCCCAUUAUUGCCUAAUCAGCAAUACUGUGAAGUAUUGUAGGAGUAUCACUUUGAAAGAAAGUCUACAUCUCUCUAAGUGAGAGAGUAAACCAGUGUUAACAAAGUAGGUGAUUUGAAAAGACAUUUUUGCUAAAGAAAGACAAAAGUAAAAAGUAAUUUUUUUGUUAACACUAUUUAUAAAAUAUUUGGGUAUCUUUUUUGGUAAUUCCUUUUACCUUCUGGUAGGUCUUGCAAGGCCAUCUUAAAUCAUCAUCAGAGCAAUUUUGCAUAUAUAAUAAUAGGACAAAGAACCAGUACCAGCAAGUUAGAAGAACAGAAUCAAAGUUUCUUAAAUUUCUUAGCUGUAUUUUUAUCCUGUUAUUUAGCUUCCAUUUUUAUAUUUUGUUAAUGAAUUCCAUCUUUUGGUUUGAUUUUUUUUUUUUUUUCCUUUUAAAUAAAGACUUUAUUCUGGUUGGCUUUGUUGUAUAGCUUUCAGCCUUUUUGAAAUAACUAGUUCUGAGUUUGGUCAAAUGCUAUGAAAUUAUUUGCAACAAUAAAAUUCCUGUGUUUUUUACUUCA